AUGUGGCGAGAACGGCGCGCUUUCGCCUACUACUUCCAGAACGCCGCAUCAGCUGUUGGCGGUGGGUUGGAUGUUGACUUCUGGCGCACGAUUGUCCCACAAGUAUGCCGGAGUGAACCUGCUGUUUGGGAUGCCAUCAUCUCCGUCAGUGCUUUAUUUGAAAGCCCCGAGCCGAUUUCAGAUCCAGAUCGCAUUCAAAAUCACCGGGACGCGCUAGGCUGGUACUCGCGCUCGGUCUCCGCUGUUCGUCAGCAAAUUGAGCGUGGCAGUGUGGAUACCUUUGUUGGAUUGAUUAGUUGUGUGCUUUUUAUCUGCAUUGAGGCACUUCAAGGCGGCGUGGACGAAGCUAUCCAACUUUAUUGCCAGGGUGUGCAUUUGAUUCUUGCUUUGCGCACUCAAAUAGCCAGCGGGCUGGUUCCGGCGGCCAAGGCUGCCUCGUUGGAGGACACGAUUGUUCCCAUAUUCAUUCGGUUGGGUCUGAUUGGAUUCACCUUUUCUCGACCACAGAUUGGGCUUCUCUUGCGGGGUAUCAAACACAGACCGACGCAAAUAUUCAUUUCUUUGAGGGCUGCUCGAGAAGAAAUUACCCGCCUAGGCGCAGAGAUUCAGUUUUUCCAACACGCCUGUGGAGAGCAUCUCUUGAGUCCCGAUGACUCUCGCAUACCCCAGGAUCUGCUGGAUCUACAAGCAGAUCUGUCAGUCCAGUUGAGAGACUGGCACACUGCCUUUGUGAACCUGGUGGAAUCAUUACAUACUACAUCCUUGACGACGGAGGACAUUGGCACUAUCGCCCUUUUCUCUGCAAUUUACGAAGCGCUCUUCAUCAUGCUAGAGGUAUCCGCAUCUUCAUCAGAGGUCAUCACUGACGCGUUUCUACCAAAUUUCCAAAGAAUCGUGGAGCAGUCUCGAAUCUCCCUAGACGCGUCAAUGCGAUCAGAUGGCACACAACCACCGUUCACAUUCGAUAUCAACCCGGGAGUUGCACUAUGGUUCACCUGCCUGAGAUGUCGAGAUCCUACAAUUCGACGCGAGGCACUUGCCCUCAUGCUCCGGUCUUCGCGAGUACAGGGAUUCUACAGCUGUAUGUCUGCCGUCACAUUUGGCGAAAGGAUCAUGCUGCUUGAAGAAAUGAAUGGGGAGGUGAUGAGUACCAAUCCAGACACGCCGCAUUUCUCGACCACAGAAUCGCUUGUCGGAUAUCAAUACAGCCCGGGGUCCAGCUCGAGCCUGUCUCCCGAGUCUACAGGCUCUGAUGCAGGUACACCGUUAAUACAUCCUAUCCCGGAAGAAGCGCGUAUCGGACAUUUUGAUGUCUUCCAACCAGAGAGAGGACUUCCUCCUGACAUCACAGAAGAAAUCAUGGCAAAAUGGAACCUCCGUCCUGAUCGGACGUUUCUGGGAUUCUGGCGAAACGAGCGCGAUGAAGGCAGUGAUAGCUGGCGGAUGGUUCGUGAAUACAUCCCCAUGGAUCUCAAAUAUUGA